GUCGAUAACUUUAUUUCCUGCUCGUUAGUGUUGGAGAAUGGCGUAGCUCUGUGAUCUAUAACUCUAGAACCCAUAUCAAUGUCGAUGUCUCUUCUUUCCUCUCCAAAUUUAUCCCGGAGAAUCCAUCUCGUUUCUCUCAGAGAAACCUCACCAGGUGGUUUCCACACUCGACAUGUCAGUCCCAUUCUUCAGUUUUCCCCCUUGCCAAGUAGAAUUCAGGUCUCAAGGACCAACUCGGCUCCCGUUAUCUUGUGUUCUUCCUGGAAACCUGUAGGGUUUUCGUCCCGCAGAAGUAAAGGAUUUUCUGCCAGUGCAGAAAAUGGUGAAGGAGAGCCGAAGAACGUUAUUGACGAAGCAGAAGCAGCUCGAGGAGAGAGUACAAUGCCUUCUCGCUUCCGUUAUUUGACUAAGGAAGCUCCUGAUCGUCCUGUGAGGUGGCCAUGGUUGAUAGCCGUGGCUUUCCUUGUUUAUGGCUGGAGAACGGUCUUGUGGGAACUUUCUAACUGGAGAAAGCUUGCUUUGGGAAUAGCCCAGUUUGCGGGUUACCUCUUGAAACUUGUGUUGGCCAUGAUCUUCCAUUUUAUUGGUGAGCCAAUCACUACGUUGAUCAGAUGCAUUGAGACCACACUGUACACAAUUCGGUCUGUCUACUCUGGAAUAGUGGCCGCUGCUCCUGUUCCAGAGCUGACAGUGGUCAUCAUGAUGACUUUAGCAGUACUCGCCAUUGCAGAAGCCACAGUCCCAGAUUCAGUAAACAGCCAGACUUUCCUUCUCACAAUAGCUGGCAUACUUGGCUUUGGAGCCGUAUGGGGGCCCAUUCCAGAGCUGCUUUUCUGGUUACUUCUGUUGGUAAUGUUCGCUUUCUCUCGAUUUGUGAAGAAGAGAGAUGGUGUCUCAUCUGCAUUGCCUGUUGCUGCUGCACUGGCUGCUGUUGGGGAGCCUUGGGUUAGAGCAGUGGUUUUGGUUUCCUAUCUGGCUCUUGCCAUCACUCACCACUCAAAGAAACUCAAAGAAGGAAAUACUGAUGUUGAAGUUGGAACAACAGUUAGGAAGCUUCCUCUGCCAUUAUUGGGUGCUGCACUGGUAAUUGGAAUCCAUCUUGCUGCCAAGUGGGUUCGUUACCGGCAUUUGACAUGGAUGAUAGUAUAACUAAUUGCUUGCAGAUGCCACUUCUUCUGUGAAUGAUCCUUUUCCUACCUAGCAAUGUAAAAAUAACUUCAUUGCUAGUUUUUUAAUGGUAUUACCUUUCUUUAUUGUGACCUACUUGGAUCAACAGUUGAAAUUAUGUUUAAAGGUUUUGUUUCUGGUCAAAUCCACAUCAGUUAUAGUCUUAGUUUA